AUGGUGUCGAUUGAUGGCCAAAGCCAGCCGCCCGUGUUUCUCAAGGAGGUCCUGCCGUGGAUGCUGCAAUCCCCUCUGUUUCCCAAUAUCGGCAUCCUCAUGUCGUCGAUGACCCAGUCACUGGAGCGAGGCAUGGAAGUGGCAAAGAGCCCCGAGUCGCUCGCCCUCAAGUCCUGGGUGCUGUCGAUGAUUGCAGACUACAUGCGGCGACCGUUCGACGCUAUCGCAGUUGAGAUGGUUCGGUGCAUUGUGAAUCUGGUCGUCAUGGAGUGGUUUUGGGGUGCCGAUGAGAGCAUGUUUGCUCACAUGAGAGGCAUCAAGCGCAUGAUUAAACUCCGUAAAGGCAUGCGCGGGCUGAAGGACAUUGUAGGCGAAUCCAUCAUAAUUCUAACCGAUUAUGAGAUUGCUUGUGCCUUUGAGACGGAUCUAUACUGGCUGGAGAACGAUCCAGCCCGUGACGAGGAGAUACCAGUCCCGACGACGUGGCCAGACUGCUACGACAGCCCCUUAUUGGCGUCCGCACCGCGAUUCGAGAGCAUCGCAGAGAAGCUCGGCAUCUGCGCCGCAACGGCCAAGAUUCUGGACGACGUGCGGUUCCUCACGGAGUCCGUCACAUCGGCAUCGGCGAUGGCGUCGACGGCGAGCAAAUCAAAAAUUCGAUCAACCGCAUCGUGGCUAUACGAAAAGCUGCGGGAACAAGGCACAGCAGCGGCAGCAACGAGACCCACACAAGUCGCCUUCGCCUCCUCCGAAAAGGAACGGAUCCUCGAGACCGUCAGGAUCGCCGCCGUGAUUUACAGCUGGUCCAUCAAGUCCCUGCGACAGAUUUCGCGGUUCGACGACGCCGAGAUGCUCCGGGCGGCGUACGCCAGCCUGACGAGCGUGAGCAUGACGACGUGGAAAGGGAUGCCGGGAAUCUUCCUCUGGGUGAUGCUGGUGGCGGCCCCGAACGCGGCGGCGGAUGCCCAGGGGCGUUUCGUGAGGAGGAAGAUGGCCGUGACGGGACUGUCGAUCGGGUUCGAGGACUUUGCGCUGGGGAUAUCGUACCUCAAGGCAUUUUGGGGCGUGCAGCGGUGGAUCGCCAGGGAAGGGGGCGGCGAUGGCGAGGGGGGCCCCGGGAUGCAGAGGCUGGAUGAUAAGUGGUCUUUUGGGUCUUGGCCGGGAGUGUCGGUAUAG